AUGCCCCUUGAGAACAGCUUGCCAUUCCCCACGGACGUCAAGUUCCUUUACAUCCCAAUAGACAUCCGCGACACCGAAGCAAUCAACCCCUUGAAAUGCGAACAGCCACUCACGCUCCGAGUCGACUCGCUCAUCUCGAAACUCGCUCAUAGCUACCGACACGAUACAAACUUGCUCAUAGUCUCGGUGCCCGGGGCAUGGACCCCGAUGUGUGGCGAACACCACAUUCCGCCCUUUUUGCUAAAUCUCGAAAAAUUGAAACACCUCCACGUGGGGGCCAUUGUCAUCAUCGGCACCAACGACCCCUUUGUCAUGAGCGGCUGGGGAAAGACCUUGGUUAAAGAGUACGUUGAGAGCGGCACCGACAUUUUCGCCAUGCCGCGUUUAUUCUUUGCCAACGACGUGGGGUUCAGUAAAGAACACGGCCUCACUGUUGAAGUGGGCGGGUUUCUUAGAAAUAAGAGGUAUGCCAUGUUGAUUGAUUGCAAAGACCGCAGAAUCAAGUAUUUUGGAGUGGAGACGGAAAGGAAAAUCGACAAGUCGGGACUCGAUGCCGUAUUGGCCAGGUUGUAG